CAAGGUUCUGAGCCCAGGAGAAAAAGAUCUUUCGCCCUCCAAGAAAAGAGGACAACAAAAGACACAAAGGAAGCAACAGCAAACCUUUUACAUCGUCACAGCAAGGGACAAAGACAACCGCUCAGCAACAGAGCCAGCAAAAGGAAAAGCACUUGAGUAUUAGCAACGGUAGCACCCAAACCACAGCAUUAUUGCAGAGCGCCACAGCUUGCAACUCCAAAGAAAUCCAAGCUACCAAUCAAACUAAAUCAGGUUCGGAAACAAACCACCAACCAUGGCACCAUCGGCUCUAGAUCUCGUGGACGAAGCCAUUGCGGAUCUUCAAGCCCGUCUUAAUCUCAAUCCAACUUCCACAAAGGCAAAACCCAACCAGGCAAAGCAACAGCAGCAAAAGAAGCAACAACAACAAAAGAAGGACAAGAAAGCGGCUGCUGCUGCCAAGAACAAUAAUAAUAAUAACAACAACAACAGUAACAACAAGAAUCAGAACCAGCCCAAUGAAGACCAACCCCAUAUCUGCAAACUCGAAUUCAAAGUGGGAGUCAUUACCAAAGUUUGGAAUCACGAGACGGCAGACAAGUUGUACUGUGAAGAAAUUGAUAUUGGAGAAGCAGAGCCCAGGCAAAUUGCUUCGGGAUUGAGACCUCAGUUUACUCUGGAACAAAUGCAUGGACAAAGGCUUUUAGUCGUGUCAAACUUGAAGGCCAAAAAGUUGGUGGGCUUCAAGAGUCAUGGCAUGGUGUUGUGUGCUGCUCAAAAGAAAGAGGGCAGUGACGAAGAAUUGGUCGAGUUUGUAGAACCACCUCCCGACGCCAAAAUUGGAGAAGUCGUCACAUUUGAAGGACUGCCCAAACCAGAACCCUUCAGUGCCAAUCAAGUCGACAAGAAAAAAGUCUGGCAAGCUUGUGCCGAAGGCAUGAAAACCAAUGACGACAAAGCGGGCACUUGGAAUGGACAUGUGUUCAUGACCAGUGGUGGGCCUUGCAAGGCCAAAACCAUUGCCGCAGGAGUCAUGAGAUAGGUACAACACAAUAAAGAAUUGUGAACUAACUAUCUAGCUACUAUCUAGCAGCGAAUCGAAUCGAUCUACCCUACAUAUAUGUUAGCAACCAUUCAAUUCGUGAAUGUACAUGUAUAGAUGUUUCCAUCAUUGUGCCCUUACAGCAGGCCCAUUAUGUGCAGUACGACAGUACGGUACCACAAUCACGAGUUGAGUAAGAAAAGCAGCAUCAAAAUGG